AUGACCACCGUUAAAUUAGAAUCAUCUGAUGAAAAGGUUUUCGAAGUCGAGCGUGACAUCGCCUGUAUGGCCGUCACAAUCAAGCAUAUGUUAGAAGGUAUAUGUAGAAAAGAAAAUAUAGAUUUUGGAGACAUUGGUGAGACUGACACUGCUAUCCCAUUACCAAAUGUCACUGCUGCCAUUUUGGAGAAGGUUUUGGAGUACUGCAAACACCACCACGAACACCCAACCCCACAACAAGACGACAAGAAGGACGAGAAGCGUUUGGAUGACAUCCCACCAUGGGACCGUGAGUACUGCAAGGUCGACCAACCAACUCUUUUCGAGUUGAUCUUGGCUGCCAAUUAUUUGGAUAUCAAGCCACUUUUGGAUGUCACAUGUAAGACUGUCGCCAACAUGAUCAGAGGAAAGACCCCAGAGGAAAUUAGAAAGAUUUUCAACAUCAAGAACGAUUUCACCCCAGAAGAAGAGGAACAAAUUAGAAAAGAAAACGAAUGGUGUGAGGACAAGGGUAACUAA